GUGCCGGGGGCGGGGCGCGUCACGUGCCGCCGGGGCCGUUCCGUCGCUCAGGGCUGCGGCUCGCCGGAGCGCCGCUGGCCCCACCAUGAUCAAAGCCAUCCUCAUCUUCAACAACCACGGCAAGCCGCGGCUCUCCAAGUUCUACCAGCGCUACAGUGAAGAUACACAGCAACAAAUUAUCAGAGAAACCUUCCACUUAGUAUCCAAACGUGAUGAAAAUGUCUGUAAUUUUCUAGAAGGAGGCUUAUUAAUAGGUGGAUCUGAUAACAAGCUGAUUUACCGACACUAUGCCACCUUGUAUUUUGUGUUUUGCGUGGAUUCUUCAGAAAGCGAGCUUGGCAUUUUAGACCUGAUACAAGUAUUUGUGGAAACACUAGACAAAUGUUUCGAAAAUGUCUGUGAGCUGGAUUUAAUUUUCCAUGUAGACAAGGUCCAUAAUAUAUUGGCUGAAAUGGUUAUGGGUGGAAUGGUUCUGGAGACCAACAUGAAUGAAAUUGUCACUCAGAUUGAUGCUCAGAAUAAACUGGAAAAAUCUGAGGCUGGUUUAGCAGGAGCUCCAGCCCGGGCUGUUUCAGCUGUAAAGAAUAUGAAUCUGCCAGAGAUCCCAAGAAAUAUUAAUAUUGGUGACAUCAGUAUAAAAGUGCCAAACCUGCCCACUUUUAAAUAACAUGGCUACUCCAGCAACAGUCUUUAACACCAUUCUGCAUGAGCAAGCGGAUCAGACCAGAUGAUCUCUGAAAGUCUCUGCCAACCUCAACCAUUCUCUGAUUCCAUGUUAAAAUGUGCAAUGUAAAUAAGCAAGCAGAUGUUCAGAAUUCCCCCCUCUCUUUUCCUGUUGAAAAUCUACUGUCUUAGUUCUAUGAUUAUUUGGACCCAUUCCUGGAAAUCUUUUUAAGUUAAAAAUUCCGGUAAUGCUGUCUUGCUGCUUGUUAUCCUCAUUCAUUUGCAGCUGGAAACAAAAGUGCCUUGCUGACACUUACAAUACAGAUUAACAGCGACUUUAAAUGCCUGUGACUUCAGCUGUACAUGUUCACACAAGAUGUUUUUAAUAGAAUGAGUUGGAAGCGACCUUACAGUCCAUAACACUGCCAGAGACAGCUCUGACAGUCACUAUCUCAGCCUGCCCAGAGCCCCAUCCAAUCCGGCUUUGAUCAAAUGCUUCCAGGGACAAGACAUCCACAGCCCCUCUGGGCAACCUGCACCAGCGCCUCACCACACUGAGUAAAGAAUUUCUUCCUAAUAUCAAGUCUAAACCUUCUUUUAGUUUAAAGCCACUACCUUUGUCUUAACACUACAUGCCUCUCCUUCUUUUUUGUAGACCCAUUAGGUACUGGAAGGCUGCAAUGAAGUAUCCCUGCAGCUUUCUCUUCUCCAGGCUUAACGAGCCCAGCUGCCUCAACCUUUCUUCAUAAGAGAGGUGAUUAAGCUGCUGACCUUUGCGGCUCUCCUCUGGAGCUGCUCCAACAGCUCCAUGUCUUUGUUAUGCUGCAGACGCUAGAGCUGAAUGCAGCACUCCAGGUAUGAUCUCACAAGAGUGGCAUAGAGAAUCAACUCCCUUGACCUGCUAGUUAGGUUUCUUUUCAUGCAGCUCAGGAUACAACUGCCUUUCUGGGCUGCAACUGUUCAUGUUGUUGUCUCAUGUUCAGUUUUUUGUCCACCAGUACCCUCAAACCUACCUCCUCAAGGCUGCUCUCCACCACUCACUGCCCAGCCUGUAUUCAUGUUUGGGAUUGCCCUGCAAUCCAGGUGCAGAGCCUGGUAUUUGACCUUACUGAGCUUGCAUUUGGUGCAUUUUGAGAGGGCUCACCUCUCAAGCCUGUCCUUGCCCCAUUGGAUGGCUUCAUUGUCCUUCAAUAUAUUGACUUCACCACUCAGUGUGCUAUUGAUCUCAAACUUGCUGAGGCUGCACUCAGUCCCACAGUACAUGUCACUGAGAAAGAUAUUGAAGGAACCAGCCUCAAUAAUGACCCUUAAGAAACAGCACCACUAGUCUCCUCCUUGAUACUGAGCUGUUCCCAAUGGUUUGAAUGCAGCAGCUCCACCUACCAUUUCUCUUAGGACCCUGUGUUGUACGUCAUUAAGUCCCACAGAUUUGCACACAUACAAAUUUCUUAGAUGAUAGUUUUGAAUGUGAUCUUCUCCUACAGCAGACAGUACUUCAUUUUUCCAUUCCAUGUAUUCAGGUGCUGUGAAUUGGGCACUGGUAGUAGUAAGGGAGCCAGCAUGGCAACGGAGAUGGCAAUAACAAUAAACACAGUUGUUGGACAACAGUCAGCUUGGUCCCAAUUUCACAGGGAUAGACACAAUGUUGAAAUGAAAUCACCGUUUCCCCAUGGUGAAGUCUUCUUUUCUCGUCUAUUAUGAUCACAGCACUUUAUUUUAGGGAUGAGACAAUGAAUUUGGGGAAAUUUGAGGUAAUCCUUGGGAUAUAAUCCAGUCUUUAUUGUUUUUACUACAUUCUACCCAUGGCAAACAACCACUGAGAUAUUUGAUUGGGUCCAAGAUUGUCAUUUUAUGAUGCAAUAAAAUAUGUUGAUGUAAUUGAAGCAUCUAUUGUGUGAGUAAAGGACAAGACGAUUAAGUUGUAAAAGUCGCAUGGUGACAGAAAUGUAGCUCAUUUACUUUUAUUUUUCUUUUUUAAAUGCAACAGUUGUGUUAACUAAUCUUUGGAAUCAUGCCCAGUUUGAGAAGUAAAAUUGAUCCAAGUGAGCAUACGCUCAUACAUAGUUGCUCUAUUCAGAAAUAAAAUUCUGCAUAGCUGCUUUUGGUCCAACAAAUUUGUUUGGGAUAUUCCCCUAGUAUUUUGUUUUUAGAAUUACAAUUUAGAAUUAUAUAAGCAAAU